AGAGAGCGCAGCGAGCAGCCAGCGGAGAUUAGCAGACUUUAGCGCUGCGCUGCCGGGGCGCAGGACACACUUUAGGCCGCCGUGAGCCACCGACAGCCCGGAGGAGAAGCAGCAGAGGGUCGGACACGGCCGAGGAGCUCCUUUUGGACGGUUUUAAACCCCAAACGUCCAGCCUCCAGCCCGGGACUGGACAGCAGAGGAGCCCUAAACACACGCCCCAAAGUGGCCGCUGCGCAUCGCUCCUCAGCCAGCCUCUGCUAUCGAAGAAACCCGCUGCUGGAAGCCGCUUCACACCCACCGAAAGGCAGAAGAGUCAGAUUCAGAGAGAGACCGGCAUACGACGACAAGCAGAGGAACAGGAACGGAGGGGGAUUUCUGAAGAAGAGCCGAGGUGAAUCGAAUCCAAACUGAGGAUUUCUAACACUCUUGGACUGGCCUCCGCUUCUGCUCUGUGGAUUUUUGUGUGACGUUUUUACCUUCUCUUUCUUUUUCUUUCCUUUUUUUUGAGGAAAGGAGUCAUUCAUUGUGAUCUACAUUAGUCUCUUUUUGCCUUAUUUUCUGGCUGACAGUAAUAAUUACAACAUCGUCUGACAGAAAUGGGAGCCUGGCUGCUUUUGUUUUUUUGAUUUUUGUGAAGCUUUUGGCCGGCUAGUUUAAGAGAAAGUCUGUGUGAGGUGGAGGGGAUUUUUUUUCCCUUCGUAUCUACGUAGUCUCUUUCUGUUUUGACUUCUCUGUGAUCUCAUUCUGUUGUUUCCUGAUAAGCUUUUUGUUUCUCGUAAGAGGAAGGAGGUCCAAGUUUUUCUGCCAGGAGCCUGAGAAGCAUUUGCAUUCCAGUUUAGGUUUCAGAAGAGGACAGAUCCUCCCUUGUGUGUGUGUGUGAGGGACAGAGUGUGUAUUUGUGUAACGGUGUGUGAGUGUGUGUGUGUGUUUCUGGCUCCCUCGGUGAUAUAAUAACCUGUUUCAGAGGACAAUAACCGGCCCUGUGUGUCUUCUCGUGGGAAAAUGGGAUCAGAAAAAGACUCGGAGUCGCCUCACUCCUCGGUGAGUGGCGUCCCCAACCCAAAGUGCCGUCCGGCGGGGAAACGCCAGGGACGCAUCUCCUUCCACAGCCUCUUCCACAGUAAACGAGGAUCCCGGGGCGCCAAAGCAGGGGUGGCCACCCCGUUGGCCCAGCAGCUCCAUCAGCACCACAACACACAGACACACCAACAGCUCCUCCCCUCUGCCUUGAGCACAACGCCCACCCCGGCUUCUGCUGCAGCGCCUGUCGUUGCCGCCGCCGCCGCCGCCGCCUCCCAGGACGCCGCCUCCAGCUCGCCCUCGGAGCCGCUCUCCUCCAGCCAGCCGUCCCUGGGUGGAGCUCCCUCCUCCGGGGACAGCAACCUCCUGGAGUGCCCGCUGUGCCUGGUGCGCCAGCCCGCCAACCAGCUGCCUGAGCUGCUGGGCUGCAGCCACCGCUCCUGCCUCUGCUGCCUGCGUCAGUACCUCCGCAUCGAGAUCACCGAGAGCCGCGUCCAACUCAGUUGCCCCGAGUGCGCCGAGCGCCUCGCCCCGCGGCAGGUGGCCGAUAUCCUGGAUGACGCAGCGCUGCUGGAAAAGUAUGAGGAGUUCCUGCUCCGGCGAUGCCUCGCCUCCGAUCCAGACUGCAGAUGGUGCCCGGCGCCCGACUGCGGGUUUGCGGUCAUAGCCUCGGGAUGUGCCAGCUGUCCCAGGUUGGUGUGUCGCAGGGAGGGCUGCGGGGCCGAGUUCUGCUACCACUGCAAACAGGCCUGGCACCCCAACCAGACCUGCGACUCGGCCCGCCAGCAGAGGGCGCAGUCCCUGCACACCCACAGCAACCACUCACCCAGCUACACGCAGGAGCAGGGACCCGCUGAUGACAUCAAGCCAUGCCCGCGAUGCGGCGCUUACAUCAUCAAGAUGAACGACGGGAGCUGCAACCACAUGACCUGCGCCGUCUGCGGCUGCGAGUUCUGCUGGCUCUGCAUGAAGGAGAUCUCCGACCUGCACUACCUCAGUCCCUCAGUCACGGCUGCACGUUCUGGGCAAGAAGCCGUGGAGCAGGAAGAAGAAGAUCUUGUGGCAGCUGGGCACGCUGAUUGGAGCUCCGGUUGGCAUCACCCUCAUCGCCGGCAUCGCCGUGCCCGCCAUGGUCAUCGGCAUCCCCGUCUACGUGGGGCGCAAGAUCCACGCUCACUACGAGCUGAAGAAGACGUCCCGUCACAGGAGGAACCUGGCCAUCACGGGGGGCGUGGCCCUGUCCAUCAUCACCGCCCCCGUCAUCGCGGCCGUCAGCGUCGGCAUCGGGUGCCCAUCAUGUUGGCGUACGUUUACGGCGUGGUGCCCAUCUCUCUGUGCCGAGGCGGGGGCUGCGGGGUCAGCAGAGGGAAGGGCCGGGGCGUGCGGAUAGACUUCGAUGAGGACGACGGGCCAAUCACAGUGGCAGACGCGUGGCGAGCCCUGAAGUCCCCCAGUCUUGGUGAGAGCAGCCUGGACGGGGCAGCCAGCGGUCUCAGCACCACCUCCCCCAGUGAGGGCCUCUCUGUGGCCCCCGGGGCCCUGGGUGAGACCCCACACUUCAACACCCUGGCAGGAGGCGCCCUGGGGACCCGCACCGGCAAGUACAGCAGGCUGGAGGUGCAGGCAGGGGAGCUGGCUAAAGAGUCAGCCCAGAGGGAGACAGGCAGCCUGGGGGCAGGAAGCGAUUGUGCCAGCACCCGAGGCAUGGCCGGAUCCAUCAUCUCCUCCUACACACUACCUGAUAGGGAGUGCACCAACCUGGAGAUCCAGGUGGACAUCGAGACCAAACCCAGCCAUCUCUGCCUGACCAGCGAAGAGGACCUAACCCCGCCCCAGGGCUCUGCCGCCAUGGCAACCGCCUCAGGAGGGGAGGAGCCCCAGGACUGCAGCUCCAGAAGGGGCGGGGCCUUGUCCGGCUCGGCGUUAGGACUGUCGCCGGGGGCGUCGAUCAGGGAGGGGCUUCGCGACGUCACCCUGGCCCAGCCGGAGAGCAUCCGCAGCGACCUGGAGAUGUCGGACACGCAGUCCGACGACAUCGCCGAGCUGACGUCAGACGACUGUGACUCGCCUCACCCCAAAAGCUGUCGCCCGCCGUCCGCCCAGCAACCCCAGCCCCCCUCCUGCCGCCCCCUGAACCCCUCCACCGAAGGCCUUCACUGUCCGGACAGCAACGUCAUCCUUUACGUCUGAGAGAAGAGCGGCUCUCAGGAUUGCACAAAAACAAACUGACCACCGUCCUCCUCCCGCCGACAACAACCAUGUGUUUCAGCUUUCCCAGACUUCAUAGCUUUUCUCCUGUCGUCGUUUCUCUUUUGCUGCUUUUUCGACUCACAGGCACCGCCUUAUCCGCGGACAGCCUUCGUUUACUUUCGUCUGUCUGUCUUAUCUAUCGACCUGUCAAUCUCCUCACUGAGUAAAUUGUCAGGGUUCUACCUCUGAGAUUUAUAAGAUGACGAUUUAUGUUUACUUCUUGGUGCAAAAUGCCUUGGCUACUCAAGCAAAAAAAUAACAAAAACAAUAACAAAAAAAAAAAAAAAACAAGAUGUGAGGUACAAUUUUGCGACAAGAAAUAUUGCAAAAACGAAACGGUGAAACAAGGUGACAUGUCACCAAGCACAGCAGUGGGUGAAGGAUUGUGAGGAAAAUAGAUUUGUACUGAGGACGAAGGGAAGUUUAUAACUGUGUGUGAAUGAAUGUGGACUUUGUACUCGGCUCUGUGGGCUUUAUUUUCUUCUUUUUUUUUCCUAUAUACCCAAAAUGACCUUGAAAACUUGUAAUUUCCCGUGUGCAUGAGUCUGCAUGAGCUGCGUCUUGUGUGGCAGGUGGAAAAGGGCAACACGUUUCCUGUUACACGGGUGAGAGACGAGUUUGCACAGAGAAUCAGAGUCCAGAAUCACCGAAUCGUACAAGUGAACGAGUUCUGGCAAUGACGUGAAAGCACUGUUCUGAAAUCAUCCGCUCUAUUUUAUUAUAAUCUAGCCUUUCCUUCAUUUCUGUUGUGUUUUAUCAUACUAAUCCAGCUGCUUUCAAACUUCUUCAUGAUCCAGACCCCCCAGGCUGACUUUAAUUAAGUCACAGAUCCCGAUUUGAGGUGAUUCUGACCCUGAAUUGUAAAGAUAUUUGGGUCGUUUUUAGGAAUUAAAUUGUUUGGAUGUCGAAGUUGAGCACUGACAAAUAGAUUUUAAAGAUUAAAUGUAAUGUUAAAAUAAUUUCUAGUGAAUUAAAUUUCAGUGAAAUUGAACUAUUCCUCAUUUUGCUGAAGCCCGCUCCAGGAUACCUCUUCCGUUCUAUUCGUUUCUGUUCUAUUUUGUUGUCGCGUUGUCAGAACUCGUUCACUGCAUGGCUCUGGUGUGUUUCAGGCGUCUGGAUCAGUGUGUGUGACUACACAAACACACAGAGAGACUCAACACACACACCAACCGGCUCGUUGGCUGUCUCACCCAAUGUUUUGUGUGUGUGUGUGUGUGUGUGUGUGUGUGCUUGAGAGAGCGACAGCGAUUCCUUUUCACACACCAACUAAAGUAAAAGUGAGGAUGAUAAAUUCACAAGACACAAGAUGGAAUGGGCUCUGGGUGAAUGUAUUUGUUUGUCCCACUAACUGAUUGUGUUUUUUUGUUUGUUUGUUUGUUUGUUUUUUGAAUGAGCACUCGUGCACUUUAUCUCAAAUGUCCGUCUUUGUUUUUGCUAUUCAUUGUUGUCUGUUGCUAUAAGUGAGUUUACUUCCAUUUGCAUAUGAAAUGUCUGUGGUACAACCAAAAUAAUCACUUACCAGGAAGCCUCUUAUGUUGGAUGUAACCUGAAGAGUUUUGCUCCAACACAUUAUUUCCAUUUUUGAGGAGGAGGAUGGGGGGUUGCUUUCCUUUCUUAAGUUUGCCAUUUAAUAUUUCUGACAUAUAAGGGAUGUGAUGUGUUAGUGUCAUCAUAUUUAUGAUCCAAGGAUUUGACUUUAUCUUCUAUCUUUAAUAAAAGAUCAACUUUUUUUUUUAUAUUUUCUUCGAUUCAUUUUGUUCUAAUGAUUAUUUUGUAAGACUAAGUGUCACUUUUUUCCCCUCCCAAAAUGGUAGAUAUCUUCUUUUGGAGCAAAACUCUUCAAAUUUUAAUGCUGAUGAGCUCUUUUUAAUCAUACUCAAUAGCCUGAAUUGUUUCCUAGCUUUCUAUCACCUUUGUGCUUCAGUUUAAAAACAACAACAACAACAAAAACAACAACGGGGUUUUACCAGGCGUUUCCUUCUUUAACCUACGAGGAAGCGACUUGGGAACCCUCUCAUCUCAGAGUAGCUUUAUGGAUUUGGCUGCUCGUAUGACCGGGCGGCGCCCCGUGUGGUCGGCUGAGGAUGUGACCAGCUGCCACUGGUUUCUGCCCGCCUGUGAGAAAACACACGAAUGUACCACAGAGGGACACUGAACUUCCUAGAAGAGGCUGAAGGAGGGGUGAUGAAAAUGUCUUAUUAAGAAACGCAGGUGAUCCUGUCCUUAUUUGAAAGGUUUAGAGUAUAUAGAUAGCAAUAUUUAAGUGUUAUUAUAUGUGUAUUUCCUGGCACUGUUAAAGCCCUGCUGCGUUGUACAUGCAGGACUGUGAAAGACUUCUUGUGGACCUUUUGGGGAAAAAAAAAAAAUAAACACAAUCUUCUGUUGCACCAAA